UUUUCGAAACAAACUAUAAAAAAAAAAGUAUUUGAAAAAAUUGCACCGACUGUUUUUUGAAUUUUUUACAUGUGCAUAUUUGUAGUUUUUUUUUGUAAUUGAUUUCUUCAAAAACAAGUCCGAAAAUUGUUGAUUGUCUGUCACUUUCAGGAUCAUUGCAGAGAUUAUUUUAUUGGUUUGGAGACAUAAUGUAUGAUUUCUAACCUUAAAAAUAUAUAUUAAAAUUCAAAAUAGAAUAUUAAAAUUUACAAUAGAUAUAAGUAUAUAUAAUUUAUAAUGUUUACAUUAAAAAAUACUUCAAGCUCAACGCUUUUGUGUGGACCGCUGACUCAUGCUAAAUCAUUUUUAUUUGAAGCUGCCAUGCACUGGGCCGAAAAUGGUAAUCAAGUUUUUUACAUCACAGCAAGUCCAUUGAAAUCUUUUCCAGCUCAAUAUCAUGACCGUGAAGAUGUACCUCCAGCAGUAUAUAAUAUGAUUAAAUUUAUAUAUCUUGAAAACUAUGAAGCAUUGGCAGAACAACUAGUAGAGUUGCAUAGUUUUACGAAACUUCCAUCGUUAAUUUUGCUAGAUCAUCUCGAUACUUACAUCAGAGAUGUGGUAAAUAGUGAACUCAAAGACAUGCAUAUCGCCAAGUUAUGCGCUAUUUUACAUGAUUCUGUAAAUGCUUGUGCUAGAAUUAAAAGAUCUAAAGUAUAUUUAUGUGCCUCAGUAAGCGGUAGCAGUAUACAAAAUACUCCUUAUUCUCUGUACUUUGAUAAUAUUUGGUAUCUAAAUGCUGAUAAAAACGCUGAUGAAAUAGUAAUCAAGUUAACCGAAGCUUCAAUUAAUCCCGAAGCUGAAGUAAAAGAACCAAAAACUUUUGAGUACAGAAAAUUUCGAGAUAAAACACUUAUUCUUAACAAAGUACUAAAUUUAAGUUAAAUUUAAAUUAAUUG